AAGCACUUCACUGCUCUCUCCGUGUUGUCUGUAGCUGCCUCAUGACGAAUGACUGCUCUCGGAGAAAAUUAGCUGAAUUCUCUGGGCUCGCACUUAUGUGUGUGCACUCUAAAGCAAGAUUUCUUGCAGUAAGGCCUUUUUAGGGUGAAGACUGGAUCUCAACUCCAACUGUGAUCACCUUUUUGCCCCUUUGAGUAUUUUCAGACUCAGCAUGAUAAACUGCAGCAGUUUUAUUAUGACCAAAUUGGAAAUUCAGCCGAAGAAUCUAGACCACAUGAUCUAUGGAUUGUUGGCAAGAGUCAGUGCAUCUGCAAAUGAAGUGGAAGAGCAGUUUAUGCAGCUGGGAAAGCUUUUGUCCUCUGUUGGAGCAUAACAACAUAAUUCACCUAAGCAUUUAUAAUGGUUCCAACUGAGAAUACAAGUCUUUUUUCACCAGCUGGUUUUUGCCCCAACUCCAGCUCCUCUACCCUUUCAGAGGUGCAUGUGGCCAAGGCAGUGGUUUUAGGGGUUGUGCUAGUGGUCUUUUUGUUGUUUGGGGUCCUCGGAAACAUCCUGGUCAUCCUGUCUGUGCUGCUCCAUCAUCAGUGGCGAUCUGUAACGCAUUAUUUUAUUGCCAACUUGGCAGCGGCAGACCUGCUGCUAAGUUCAGCUGUCCUGCCUUUCUCCGCCACCUCCGAGGCUCUGGGCAGGUGGGUGUUUGGCCGCUCCUUCUGCAACGUCUGGGCCGCCCUGGAUGUCCUCUGCUGCACCGCCUCCAUUCUUAGCCUCUGUGUGAUUUCCAUUGACCGCUAUCUGGCUGUGAGCUACCCACUGCGCUAUCCGGCCAUAGCUACUGGCCGGCGAGGCCUGACCGCAGUGGCGGCUCUCUGGGUACUCUCAGCCGCUAUAUCUGUGGGCCCUUUGUUCGGCUGGAAGGAGCCUGACCCGGAAGAUGAAACCGAGUGUCGAAUCACACAAGAACCUGGAUAUGCUUUGUUUUCAGCAUUAGGGUCUUUCUACAUACCACUGGCCAUCAUCUUGGCCAUGUACUGUCAAGUGUAUAGAGUGGCAAGAAGAGAGACAAAAACCAUUAGAGAGGGCGCAAAAGGAGAGGGGGUGGAGAUGGAAGGAGUGAUGUUAAGGAUACACAGAGGGAACUCUUCUCAGGCUGGGAAGAACAAGGAUGAUGAGGAGACUGUGAUGCACAAACGGUCCUCGUUUCCCCUGCCAAAGCUGCUAAGGUUCUGGGGGGAAGAAAAGGCAGCCAAGACUCUGGGCAUUGUGGUCGGUUGCUUCAUCCUAUGCUGGCUCCCCUUUUUUCUGGUUUUACCAAUAGGGUCCAUCUUCCCGUCCUGUAAGCCCCCUGAAACCAUCUUCAAGAUAACCUUCUGGCUGGGUUACCUCAACAGCUGCAUCAACCCUGUUAUUUACCCAUGCUUCAGCCAGGAGUUCAAAAAAGCUUUCCACAACAUGUUAAGAGGGCGCUGCAUAAGAACUGCAGUUCCCGCUGCCAAACAGGGACACAUCACCGCUCAUUCCUCCUGUCCCCGCCCAACGUCUUAUGGAUCUGGUACUUCAGUCCAAAACCAUACUGCUGCUUCCUCAUUAGCUUGCUGCAGGAUGCUGUCGACGUCAACAUCAUCUGUUGGUGGUCAAGAUAAGACUCAAAGCGGACAUGUCCAGGGGAAGGGCCUGCUGAAGGCCUGGUGCCUUUCAGCGAGGCAAACCUCAGUAGCACAGAACCCUUCCACAAAUGGGUCAACUAAAGUCUUACGCCUCUCUCUUGGCAUUUCUGGAGAAGCCGUUUAAUUGGGUUCUGAGAGGUCAGGACAUUCAAUCUUGUUAUCCAGCCUCCUCAGAGAAACAGUUAUGUACAACUCUGUCCUCAAAUGCAAGAUGAGAGAUCAAAAUGACUGCAGCAGCCUUUUGUAUUAGGAACAUGCAUGCUCAGCAGAAAACAUUUGGACCGGUUGUGUUGUUGGAGUUUGCGGAAAAAGACUGAGCCAAAAAUCCUGUUUUGCAAGAAUGAACACACGAACAGAAUAUCCUGGAGUGUUUGCUGAGGAUUAAAGGAGAUACCAGUAAUUCUGCUCAUAUUGAAAUUGUAAGAUUACCCCAGAGAAAUGAUUUAUUGGAACAUUAGUGGUGUUUCUGCAUAUUGCACUAAAGGGAACAAUCCCAAGAUGAUUUAGGGGUAAUUACUAUAAAGUGACAGAUCUGAGAAAGCUGGUGUUGGGAGUGUGUUACCUCUGAUUUAAAGAGAAGGUCACAACAGAAACAUGCAGCGCCUUGCAAACGUAUUCACACUCAUUUGACACAUUAUGACCACAACCCUAAAUGUGUUUUAUGUAAAGAUUUAAUGUAACAGAACAACACAAAGUGCUGCACAAUUGUAAGGUAAAAGAAAAAUGGAAACUUGGUUUCAACCGUUUUUAAAAGAUAAGAAUCUACAAAGUGUAGCUUAAAUACGCAUUUACCCCCGUUACUCUGACACCCUUAAAUAAAAUUCUGUGCCACCAAUCAUAGGCCAUCUAAUGAGUAGUGUCCGCCUGUGUGUAUUUUAACCUCAGUGGAAAUCCAGCUGUUAUUCGAAGGCCUCAGAGGUUUGUUAGAGGACAUUAGUGAACAUGAAGACCCAGGAACACAGUGGACGGGUCAGGGAGGAAGCUCUGGAGAAGUUUAAAGCAGAGUUAGGUUCUUAAUCAACAUCCCCAGCUCUGAGCAUCCCAUGGAGCACUGUUAAAUCCACCAUUUAAAAAGGGAAAGACGAUGGCACAACUACAAACUUAGACAUGGACAUCCACCUAUACUAACAGGCUGGGCAAGAAGAAGCAGCGAAGAGUAAUAUGGUAUCUGGAGGAGCUGCAGAGAUCCGCAGCUCAUGUAGGAGAUUCUGUUAAAAGAACAAAUCUGGCCUUUAUGGAACAGUGGCAAGAAAAAAGCCAAUGGUGGAAGAAAGCCAGAAGAAGCCAUGUUUACAGUUUGUCACAAGCCAUGCAGAGGACACAGCAAAGAUGUAAAAGAUGCUCUGAUAAGCCCAAAAACAAACGUUUUGGGCUACAAUUAAAAAAGUAUGUGUAAUACAAAGCCUAUACUGCUACUUACCCUGAAGAAACCAUCCCCAUAAUGGAACAUGGUGGAGGCAGUAUCAUGCUUUUCUUUAGCAACAACAGGGAAGCUGGUCAAACUUGAUGGGAAUAAGGCGUUAAACCCAGGACAUUCCUAGAAGUCCUGGAUGACAUCCACCUGUUAGAUGCUUCAAAAGACUUAAGACUGGGGCAAGAUGAAGACCUUAAACAUGUGGCCAGAGCUAGAUCAAAGCAUAUUCAUGUGUUAGAAUCACCCAUCAGAGCAAAGUUCAAGUAAGACUCUGAGGCAAGUGUUGAAAACUGAUGUCCACAGAAGCUUUCCGUUUUCUGACAGAGUUGAAACUCUUUUGUAAAGAAGAAUGUGCAAAACAUUUCAGUUUCUAGCUGUGCAAAGCUGGUAAAGAAAUACCCCAGAUGUACUUUAGUUUUUUGUGAAAAGUUUUAAAACGUCAUGUUUACAUGCCACCUCACAAUUCUGUAUAAGUCUAUAAAAUCCCAUUGAAGGUUGUGGUUGUGGGAAAAACGUUCAGCGGUGUGAAUACUUUUGAAAGACACUUUAUUGACUAAUAUUUAGGAAUCUGAUAAAUCAAGAAAAAAGGUUUAUAUCUAAAGCUUGACUAAGUGUCCUGAUAAACAGCUGUUGUACAGCUGCUUUGCCAAUGAGGGGCUUAUUGUACAGGUUAGACAAUGAUGCAUGAACAAACUGAGGCAAUAAUUGCAACAUGAUUCUCUCUAAGAUUAAUUCAUUCAGUCAAUUCCUUACUUUGCAGUGCAUUGACUACUUUUGCAAAAAUAAGCCUGCAAAGUUGGACCUUCAAUGGCAGACAGGCAGCUUUGCAAUGAAUCGUUGGAUUAUUGUUAAAAAAUUAAAUUAAAUUAAAUAAGG